AUGGGAAACGGAGAAUGGGAAAUUAUUGGCGAGUACGAACGCACAGAGAACAUUCUAGUCCUGGACAUCUUUUUUGAGGCACUCAACUAUGAGACUAUCGAGCAGAAGAAGGCCUAUGAGGUGGCAGGGCUGUUGGGAGACAUUGGUGGUCAGAUGGGCCUCUUCAUCGGUGCCAGUAUUCUCACCAUCCUGGAGCUCUUCGACUAUCUGUAUGAGGUAAUAAAGCAUAAAAUCUACAGAACCUUGAAGUGUCAGAAGCCACAUCACAAGAACAACAACGACAAAGGCGUGGUGCUGAGCCUAGACGAUGUGCGACGCCACGCCCCCUGUGAGAGCUUACUGGCCCCUGCCAACAUCCUACCUCAUCAUCCCGGGCGGGGCAACUUUGAAGACUUCACCUGCUGAAGGAGCUGCGAGGGGCUGUUCGUUUGCAGGACGGGGCAGCCCAAGAAGGAGCUGGCUAGAGCGCAUUACAGGAGGGUCUCAACUACCAAAGCGUCGGCAUAUCCAGCAUGACCAGACUCUGUCUGCGGAGGCGAAGCAGGAGAAUAAACGAAAAGGGGGGUAGGAAGGGAUGAGGGGUGGGGGCGUGGUUGUACAAAUUUUAAAUCAUCUAAACAUGUGACGGAAUACAAGGUCCCAAGCUGUACCGUAACUAUUUGUAGGAGGCUUGUAGAUGAAGGAGGCGAUGCCAUUUUCUGAUGGGUUGUUGGCAUAACUGGAAAACGUCACGUCAAGCCAAGCCAAGCCAAGCUCAGCGUUUUACUUUUUAAAUGUAAUGUAACUCCCCUCUUCGAGGGGGGAUUUCCCACCUUCCCCAUCUCUGUUAAAACUUCUUUUAACUGGUAGGUAAGUUAGUUAAUAGUGUGAAAGCGACCUCGCCACAGAGUGUGCAUGCAUGCGUGCGUGUUAAUGUGCAAGUGAGCUUAAAGAGGCCUUUGCUUACAGUUACGUCCAAGACCAGGAAGUCUCUAAGGGGGUGUAGUAAAUCAGUCUCUUUAAAAACAAGCAAUUGGGGGGCCAACUUUGUUCAUUGACAUUAGUGGAAAAGCCAGCACAUGCCAAAUGUGUGCACAGAUCUGCAAUUACAUCUGCAGUGAAGAGAAACGGCAUUUGGCUUUAUAUACUGCCCUUCAGGGUAAUGCGUGGUGCAAACAGCUACAUGUUUCCAUGUUAACUUAACACUGGCGACUUUGCUGUGUAAAAGCAAUUUGAAAAUAUAUAGCAGACUGCUUAUACAACUUAACUGUGGCAUGCAAAGCCAUGCAAGUCCUUGAGUUCCUCUCACUUAUUUCCGUGGUGAACUUUUGAAAAGUCCUGGAGCAUAACACGUAUGAAAAUAAAGGAGACAAGACAAAUGCGCAGAAAUGUCGUGCUCAGAUACGUGGCUUUGACUCCAUUAUAUAUAAUAAUUGCCAUCUGCUAUUCUGAUCUUAUAUUUUCACUCCCACUCUCUCACACACACACACACACUAUAUGGACAAAAUGACAUCUUUUGCUGUUUAUUUGGGAUAAGAUGGGGAAAAAAUGGCUUCCAUAAUAACCCUCCAACCUCUCCACAACCUCCUUCAUCCCGACCCUUUACAGGCCACCACCCUGCUUUAGGAGUGCCCUCCACAUAUUUCAGCUCUGGCACUGAACUUCUUCAGGUGCUCACAACACUUUAUGCUAUAACAUUACACUCUCAGACCAACUUAGUCUAGUUAAGGGUUGCAGAGGGCCCAAACAGAACCAAUACUGGAUGGGAGGGGUGCCAGUCCAUCGCAGGGCCCCACUCACACACACACAGACUGGGCCAAUUUGGAAUUGCCAA